CGAUCCCCAACACCAACCAUCCUGCUCCAUAGAUACACGCUAUAAAUACACCGCUAUUUCGUUCCUGGGUUCAGCCGCCAGCGCUUCACCAGGAAGGGGAGGGCUAAGCGAAGGUGACGUAUAGGAUGGUAGCGUUUAGGUUCCAUCAGUACCAGGUGGUCGGGAGAGCGCUCCCGUCUCCGACCGAUGAGCAUCCGAAGAUCUAUAGGAUGAAGCUGUGGGCGACCAACGAGGUCCGUGCCAAAUCCAAGUUCUGGUAUUUCUUGAGGAAGCUUAAGAAAGUCAAGAAGAGCAACGGGCAAGUACUGGCGAUCAACGAGAUUUUUGAGCGAAAACCAACCAAGAUCAAGAACUAUGGAAUUUGGCUGCGCUAUCAGAGCAGAACAGGCUACCACAACAUGUACAAGGAAUUUCGUGAUACUACUCUGAAUGGUGCUGUUGAACAUAUGUACAAUGAGAUGGCCUCUCGUCAUCGAGUGAGGUAUCAUUGUAUACAAAUUAUCAAAACAGCCACAAUCCCUGCUAAGCUUUGUAAGAGAGAGAAUACCAAGCAAUUUCAUGAUUCCAAGAUCAAAUUUCCCCUGGUGUUUAAGAAGGUUAGACCACCAAGCAGGAAGCUGAAAACCACAUACAAGGCAUCAAGGCCAAACUUGUUUAUGUAAUUCAUCUUGUUUGAUGUUCUUAUGUGAAGGCAUAAACUCAAGUGAGUCCAGAGUUUAUGCAGUCUUGUUUUUUUCUAGAAAACGUAGUGAAAUAUUUUUGGAUUUAUCAUAUAUGUGGUUGGAAAUUUUGGUUUACUUCGUUUAAUGAGUUAUAGUUUAGGUUUCU